AUGUUGCGCCAUCAGUCGCAUCGACGACUCGAAGCAUCUUUCAUACGACGAGCAAGCACGCAACCAAGACCGCGUAGCAAACGAUGGCGCAACGCAGCAAUCGCUGUCACUGCGAUCGGCAUUUCGGGCUACACCAUCGAUAGAACUCUCUAUGCUUCUGGUCUGCGGCGAUCUUUCCGCACGGGCUGGAACGCGCUGUGUAUUGCAAUAGAUUACAAGCUACACUUCAACAAAGACAACAUCGAUGGGAUAGCGGCCAUGCAUGAACGCGUCGCGAGACGGAUACAUCAUAUCUGUACCGCAAAUGGUGGUCUGUACAUCAAGCUGGGACAAUCGAUCGGCAUCCAGGCCGCAAUUCUUCCCAAGCCAUAUAGAGAUGCAUUUGCGACCAUUUUUGACGCAGCGCCUCAGAUCACGUACGAAGAAGUCGAAGCUGUCUUCAAAGACCAAUUUGGAGUGCUGCCGACAGAUGCAUUCGAACACUUCGAUCAUGAAGCACUAGCGUCGGCAUCCAUCGCUCAGGUACAUCGCGCUCGUACAAAGGACGGCAAGGAGGUCGCAGUCAAGGUCCAAAAGCCUGCAAUCCGGAAGCAGAUGGAAUUUGACCUUUUCUCCUAUAAAGCACUCAUGUGGACUUAUGAGAAGAUAUUUGACAUACCAGCGUACUUUGUCGCAGACUACGUGGCGAACCAGCUGCGGCGCGAGGUAGACUUUAUGGAAGAGGCAAGAAACGCCGAAAAAACGGCCAAAUUUCUUGAUGAUGAGCCAAGCCUGAAAGGCAGGAUAGUCAUACCUCGAGUUGACUGGCAAUGGACCUCUGAGCGCGUCAUGACGGCCGACUUCUACAAAGGCUGCAAGCUGACGGAUACCCAAGCAAUUGAAGACAUGCAUCUCAAGCCCAAGGAAAUCAUGGACAGCGUGCUCGAUAUCUUCUCGGCCAUGACAUUCAAGUGGGGCUGGAUACACUGCGAUCCUCAUCCGGGCAAUGUACUGGUCCGACAGAAUCCUGAUCACGCAAAGAGAGCUCAGAUCGUCUUGAUCGACCACGGCCUAUACAUCCCACUGCGGGAAGAGUUCAGAGAACAGUAUAGUGAGUUUUGGCGCAGUCUGUUCGUGAUGGACAUGGACACCAUCGAACGGAUCACCAAAUCGUGGGGCGUCGGCGAUAGCUCCAUGAUGGCUACUGCGACGCUUCUCAAGCCGACGCGACUGAGCCGCAAGCAGCCUGGCAAGAAGACGCUACAAGAGACACGGUCCGAAUACGAAGCACAGCUGAAUAUCAAGGAGAAGCUCAAGAGCAUGCUAGAAAACGAACAAUUGAUACCCCGCGAGCUCAUCUUUUUGACGAGGACGAUGCGUAUGUGUCAAGCAAACAACCAGAGGCUGGGCUCGCCAUCGAACAGGAUCAACAUACUUGCGCAUUGGGCCGCAGUAGGCGUCGAAUCGACCUCAAAGCUAUCGCAUCAAUCUCUCCGCGAAAUGGGCCUGCGGACGUAUGCAAACGAGAAGCUACGACUCUGGCGCUUCCGACUUGCGCUCGUCGUCAUCGACAUUGGCUUCCUGCUGACCAAGGUGCGACAGUGGAGCUAUGGCGCAGUCCGUGGCAAGCAAGAAGGUUUCGAGGAUCUUCUCGCUCGGCAGGUCAAAGACAUGGCAGCGGAUACCUUUGGGGUGGAGAUUGACGAAUCUGCCUUUACGGGCUAG